GCACAAAUAAAAAGUGAAAGUAAAAGUACAUUUGAAAUUUCGCCAUUUUAAACAGCCAGAAUCUAUUCUAUACAGAAUUUUAUACGGAUUCUAAAUGUGUUUCGUAGGAAGCUUUAUCAAAGAUAAGCCAAGAAAUUACGCGUAGAAGCCGGUGGAGUUUGUGAAUGAGUCAGUGCUGGACAUCAGAUUCUGUUUCAUCAUGGAUGACACACAAACAUCCACAGAUGAAGAUUUGUCUCCAGGAUGCAGUUCAGUUGACCAGGAGAGAUCAGAAGCAGAGUCCAGCUGUGUGUCUCUGAGGAGUGAUGCGUCUAUGGAUCAGCCAAAGAAUUUUAAGAGGGGAUAUACACAGAAUGAUCUCUGUUCCGUUCAUCAGAAGAGAUCAAAGUCCAGCUGUGUGUCUAUGAGGAGUGAGACAUCUAUGGAUCAAACAUUAGAAUAUAAGAGUGAAGAUACAAAGACUGAUCCCAGCUAUGAAGUCCUGAACAAGUUUAGAUCAAAUUUGAAGCAGAAGUUUGAGCAUCUGUUAGAGGGAACAGGGAUGCAGGGAAACCCAACACUCCUGAAUGAGAUCUACACAGAGCUCUACAUCACAGAGAGUGAGAGUGGAGAGAUCAGUAAUGAGCAUGAGGUGAGACAGAUCGAGACACAAUCCAGGAGAGCAGCAACAGAGGACACAGCCAUCAAAUGCAGUGACAUCUUUAGACCUUUACCUGGACAAGACAAAGCCAUCAGAACUGUGCUGACAAAGGGAGUCGCUGGCAUUGGAAAAACAGUCUCUGUGCAGAAGUUCAUCCUUGACUGGGCUGAAGGGAAAGAGAAUCAGGACGUCCAGCUCAUAUUUCCACUUCCUUUCAGAGAAAUCAAUAUGAUGAAGAACAAAUCACUCAGUCUUUCAGAUCUUCUUCAUGUCUUCUUCCCUGAAACUAAAGAAAUGGAAAUAUCCAGUGAUGAAUAUAAAGUGUUGUUCAUCUUUGAUGGUCUGGAUGAGUGUCGUCUGUCUCUGGACUUUAAGAGUAAAGUGAAACUUUGUAAUAUAUCUGAAUCAGCCUCAGUGGACGAGCUGCUGAUGAACCUUAUUGAGGGGAAUCUGCUUCCCUCUGCUCUCAUCUGGAUCACCUCCAGACCAGCAGCAGCUGAUCUCGUCCCCUCUAGGUGUAUACAUCGAGUUACAGAGGUACGAGGCUUCAAUGAGCCACAGAAGGAGGAAUACUUCAGGAAGAGAAUCAGUGAUCAGAGUCUGGCCGACAGGAUCAUCUCACACCUGAAGUCAUCAAGGAGCCUUUACAUCAUGUGCCACAUCCCAGUGUUCUGCUGGAUCUCAGCCGCUGUUCUGGAGAAGAUGUUGAGUCGAGCAGAGAGUGGAGAGAUUCCCAAGACUCUAACUCUAAUGUACACACGCUUCCUGAUCCUUCAGACCAACAUCAAACAUGAGAAGGACUAUGAGAAGAAGGUGACAGAUGAAGACAUGAUCCUCAAACUGGGGAAAGUGGCUUUUGAGCAGCUUGUGAAAGGAAACCUGAUCUUCUACGCGGAAGACCUGAGAGAGUGUGGCAUUGAUGUGAGAGAAGCAUCAGUGUACUCAGGAUUGUGCACUCAGAUCUUUAGAGAGGAGUUGGGCUUGUAUCAGGGGAAAGUCUUCAGCUUUGUUCAUCUGAGCAUUCAGGAACAUCUAGCAGCUCUAUAUGCACACCUAUCCUGUACAAACUACAACAAAAAUGUGUUGAAGCCAAUCACCAAACAGUCUAAAGUAAAAGACUCAAUUCGACUUUCAUUAUCUGUGCUGCAUCAGAAAGCUGUGAAUGAGGCUCUAAAGAGUAAAAAUGGACAUCUGGAUCUUUUCCUGCGGUUCCUUCUGGGUUUGUCAGUGGAGUCUCAUCAGAUUCUUCUACAAGGAGUAAUGACACAGACAAGAAGCAGAUCUGACAGCAAUGAGAAAACAGUUGAGUACAUCAAGAUAAGGAUCAAGUUCAUUAACUCUCCAGAGAAAUCCAUAAAUCUGUUCCACUGUCUGAAUGAACUGGGUGAUCAUUCACUAGUGCAGGAAAUACAACAGUAUCUGAGAUCUGGAACAAUAAAGGAAGCCAAACUCUCUUCAUCUCAGUGGUCAGCUGUAGGUUUUGUAUUGUUGACAUCAGAGGAAAAGCUGGACGUGUUUGAUAUUAAAGAAUUUGUAGGAGAAAACAAUAAAGCUGAAAAACUGAAUGUUCUUCAGAAGCUGCUGCCUGUGAUUAAAGUUCAUUUGAAUGAUUGUGGCAUCACAGAUAAAGAUUGUGCUGCUCUGACUCCAGUUCUGAGAUCAAACCCUUCACAGAUGAGAAAUCUGGAUCUGUCUAAUAAAGCAAUCAGAGAUUCAGGAGUGAAGCUUCUCUCUGUUGUACUGGAGGAUCCUCGAUGUAAACUGGAGACACUGAGGUUGAGAUGUUGUGGUGUCACAGAUGAAGGUUGUGCUGCUCUGUGUUCAGCUCUGAGAUCAAACCCCUCACACCUGAGAGAACUGAAUCUGUCUAAGAAUAAACUAGAAGACUCUGGAGUCACACUGCUGUCUGCUGUACUGGAGGAUCCUCUCUGUAAACUGGAGAAACUGUGGUUGAAAUGUUGUGGUGUCACAGAUGAAGGUUGUGCUGCUCUGUGUUCAGCUCUGAGAUCAAACCCCUCACACCUGAGAGAACUGGAUCUGACUCUGAAUGAACUAGAAGACUCUGGAGUCACACUGCUGUCUGCUGUACUGGAGGAUCCUCGCUGUAAACUGGAGAAACUGGAGUUGAGUGAUUGUGGUGUCACAGAUGAAGGUUGUGCUGCUCUGUGUUCAGCUCUGAGAUCAAACCCCUCACACCUGAGAGAACUGGAUCUGUCUGUGAAUAAUCUAGAAGACUCUGGAGUCACACUGCUGUCUGCUGGACUGGAGGAUCCUCACUGUAAACUGGAGAAACUGGAGUUGAAAUGUUGUGGUGUCACAGAUGAAGGUUGUGCUGCUCUGUGUUCAGCUCUGAGAUCAAACCCCUCACACCUGAGAGAACUGGAUCUGACUCUGAAUGAACUAGAAGACUCUGGAGUCACACUGCUGUCUGCUGUACUGGAGGAUCCUCGCUGUAAACUGCAGAUACUGUGGUUGAGAUGUUGUGGUGUCACAGAUGAAGGUUGUGCUGCUCUGUGUUCAGCUCUGAGAUCAAACCCCUCACACCUGAGAGAACUGGAUCUGUCUGUGAAUAAUCUAGAAGACUCUGGAGUCACACUGCUGUCUGCUGGACUGGAGGAUCCUCACUGUAAACUGGAGACACUGUUGUUGAGAUGUUGUGGUGUCACAGAUGAAGGUUGUGCUGCUCUGUCUUCAGCUCUGAGAUCAAACCCCUCACACCUGAGAGAACUGUAUCUGUCUAAUAAUAAUCUAGAAGACUCUGGAGUCACACUGCUGUCUGCUGUACUGGAGGAUCCUCACUGUAAACUGAAGAAACUGUGGUUGAUGGGUUGUGGUGUCACAGAUGAAGGUUGUGCUGCUCUGUGUUCAGCUCUGAGAUCAAACCCCUCACACCUGAGAGAACUGGAUCUGUCUGUGAAUGAACUAGAAGACUCUGGAGUCACACUGCUGUCUGCUGUACUGGAGGAUCCUCGCUGUAAACUGAAGAAACUGGAGUUGAGUAAUUGUGGUGUCACAGAUGAAGGUUGUGCUGCUCUGUCUUCAGCUCUGAGAUCAAACCCCUCACACCUGAGAUACCUGAAUCUGUCUGUGAAUGAACUAGAAGACUCUGAUGUGAAGUUGCUCUCUGAUCUGAGGGAUGAUCCGCUUCAUAAACUGAAGACAUUAGACUAUUGACUCUCAGUAUUGAGACAUCAGCCCCAGACAGCAACAUAGUGUUGGCCCAGAUCCGGCCCACAUCUGGCCCGCAUGAAAUCCAUGUGGACACACAGAUUCAGAGACACAUGGAUCACAGAGACCGAAGACACAGAGACACACGGCAUCAUUAAAUCAUUACUGUAAUGAUUUCAGUGUAAAAUAAUUAUUAUUCACAUAUUUUUGCUAUGAUGAUUAUUAGAAUUUCCACUUAAAUCUUCACUUUUUGUAUUAAUUUUUUUUUUGCUUCUUCCUCCUGCACACAGUCAUUUACUAACGGCUGUGUUGACACAUAAUUACUUAUUUUAUGGAGAGGUUAUGACUUUCAGUGUGAUUUUACAAUCUGACAAAGUUCUUAAAUGUUUUAAAAAGUCUGUUUUUCUAAUGAUCAACAAUUCAGUGUCUCUGAAUAAUGUUCCUCAUUCACCAUCAUUAACAACGAGUGAGAUUUUGAUAAGAUGAUAAAUUUACAACAAAAUGAUACACAAUUUACUGAGAAAUAAUACAUUUACAAAACAACGCAUUAGGAAUGGAGUGUGAUGGAUUUUAAUAUAAAGGACAUUAAGAAAAUAGAUCAUGUUUAUACACUACCGAAAACCAAGGAAAAUCAAUGUUUCUCAGGCAUAAUUUAAUAUAGAUCAUCAUAAUUGUGUAUUGUGACAUUCAAAACUAGAAACGUAUUGCUUGUACAUUUCCUCUUUCUAUUAAGACAUUUAUAAUUGACUAAAAAUUUAAUAAUUUAACUCUGUGUAUUAGAUCUAAUACAAGCUCUAACAUUUGGUAAAAUAUUGAAAAAAAAAGCUGUAAUGAGUAUUAGAAUAAUUAUUUUUAUUUCAGGAUUUUGUUUAAAUUCAUAAAUACAAAACAAAGGACUGAAAAUGUGAGCUUCAUUUCAUUUAAUAGAACAAACCUUUAGUUUCUUCUCACAAAACUAGUUUACUUUCACUUUCCUUUAGGACAAACUCUUGACCUAUAUAUUAAAUGGUAAAAUGCUCCAGAGUAAAAUUAUACUGUCUGAAAGUUUGACCGGAGUUAACAAAGAAUGAACAUAUUUCAGUAUUUUUACACAGCAACAACAGAAGAAAGUGAACUGUGAAAUUCUUAGAAAUAAGACAUGCUUCUAUGUUACAAUUCCUGGUUAUUAAUUAUCCAAACCACCAUGAACAAAUUCUACAGCAAAGAACAUCAAAUAUUUUCUCUAAUACAAACAUACAAUGUUUGUAACAAUGUACUGUGUUCACAAACAACAAAUACUCAAGACGACUUCUGUCUGGUUUGUUCUGGGACGUCACCUGAGAAAUCACAUCAUACGUGUCACUAUAAAGAAUUACUGUCCAUUGUGUUAUUAUUAGGGAUGCACCGAUACCGCUUUUCCAGUACUCGCCCGAUACUUAUAUUUCUGGUACUUGCUGAUACAGAGUACAGAUACCAAUAUUUUUAUUGCAUUUGUAAAUUUUUGUAAUAUUGGGCUGAGAAACCAAAAGAGUAUGUAUAAUGUUAGCUGGUUAACUUCAUUUAUUAAACAGUCAAACCAAAAUUUAUUCAAAACACACUUUUAACAUUACACAUUAUCACAGUUUAAUCUCUAUAGUUUAGAAGAUGGUAAUAAAAUAUGACAAGAACUCAAGAGUUAAACUGUGUAAGAACAAAUGAAUCUUGAUAUUGUAAGAUAACUUUGAUAGAAAGGUAUGUAAUGAAUUACAAUCAACCAAAAUAAAUAUUCAGACGGCUGUUAGUAUGACAAUAUUUACACAUCUAUAAAUUUUUAGUCAGGCAAACCUUAGCCUUAAUAAAUGCCUGUUGUCUCCUGGGCAUGCUGUCAUCCAGGUCCAUGCAGACGUGGUCUAAAAAAUAAUAAAAAAUAUACAAAAUUA